CUUGGCUUCAAGGCUGGCAGGGCAGGAGGUGGCCUUGCUGGAGGAGAUCCUCCGGGUCAAGGCUCCCCUGGGCUUCCUGGAGGGACACCUUCCCUUGGCAUCCCCCCAGCCAAACCGACCCUGCAAGGGUAUUCAUUGAAAAGUCUGAUUAAUGUAAGUGUAUGGAUGCCAUUAUGAUGUUCACUCUCAUUUAACCUGGUUUUAAAAACAUGAGUGCAUACCGGCGACAAGUAGAUGAACACCACCCUUUGAUACCCGGAUACACAGGCUACAUUCCUCUUAGAUAUUACCGAAUUGGAACUAGUUUUGGAAAUGAUUCUGUGUGGUGCGUGAACACAUUUCGUGAUGUAACACAGCGGAAGAGUAACCAAGUGAACGCACUGAGAUAUGCAGCAGCUACUGAUCCACAGCUACCACCCAUUUGCUCCAAUGAAGAUGUAAUAAAUGUACUUGAUGACUAUAAUUACAAACAUCACCCCAAUGUGCUGGGGCCUGUGGAAACAAAAAGGAGUCUGCUGGAGCCACCAAUUCCAGGAUGGACUGGUUUUGUCCCCAGGUCAAGAGUCACAGAGUUUGGUCAAGGAGUGCGUUAUCAUGUGAUGGCAGAAAAUUGCUACCAAGAUUUUAAGAAUUCUUUGGAUAGAGUCAAGUAUGGCCCUGCUACCAGGGAAGAGAUGAAGGAAGUACAAGUAACCAAGCUCAAAGAAUCACGUCCACACCAGAGAUUCUAUAGGCCAGAAGGAAUGCUGCCCAAGUAUACAGGACAUAUUCCACAUGAACGUUCUGGCAUUGGAAAGACCUUUGGAAAUGUAUGCCGAAGCUGUUCUGUAUGCAACCACUCCGAUGUGAGUUAUGGGGCUUAUCUUGCAAAGAAACAUAAGGCUGAAAAUGUUCAAGAGCCGAUGAAGGAAGAUAAGGAAGCCUCAGUCAGUUAAUGUUUUGGAAAAUGACAGUAGACAAUUAAAAACAUGCAGCAAUGUCUGAGAUGAACAUGCUUACAAGCCUUCUUCUAUAUUUGUUCAGGUUCAUAUAUUGGACUAAGUAUUUCACCUAUGUUGCGUUUCUGGCUUUUUUGUUGU